AUGGCCUCGACGACUAAUUUUGUGGCCCAGGCUGGCUACAACGAUGCGAAUGCUGAUGGCUCAGCGCUGCACCCACCGAACCGAUGCUCCGAGCUCUCCAACCUUCAGGAAGGCAUUUCUGACUCGGGUAUCAGAGACGAAAAAGUUCAUACGGUGGCCAGACAGUUCUCAUACCAGAGCGCGCGUUUGACGCCUGCUCAAAACCCCUUUGCUGCCGAGCCUGGAUCUUCCUUGGAUCCCAACAGCAAGAACUUCGAAACCAGGGCUUGGCGCAAGGCCAUGCUCCAGAUGCAUACCGCAGACCGCGAGGCACAUCCUCUCCGUACCGUGGGCGUUGCUUUUAGCAAUCUAAAUGCGUACGGUUUCGGCUCUGACACUGACUACCAGAAAACAGUCGGUAAUGUCUGGCUAGGGGCGGUCGGGUUGGCUAGAAGGAUUAUGGGCCAGCGCCAGCGCAGAAUCGACAUUCUGCAAAACUUGGAUGGGAUGGUCGAAGCUGGCGAGAUGCUCGUGGUGCUUGGCCCGCCCGGAUCUGGAUGUUCGACUUUCCUAAAGACGAUUGCUGGAGAGACACACGGCUUCUACGUCGAUAAAAACUCAAACAUGAAUUACCAAGGUGUGAGCGCACGGCAAAUGGCGAAACAGUUUCGAGGUGAAGCGAUCUACACGGCCGAAGUCGAUGUCCACUUUCCCAAGCUCACUGUGGGAGACACUCUCUUUUUUGCUGCCAGGGCGCGAAUUCCCCGCCACAUUCCGGGUGGCGCGACCGUAGACGAGUACGCUACGCACAUGCGCGACGUCGUCAUGGCCAGCUUUGGUAUCAGCCACACGAAGAAUACUGUUGUAGGCAACGAUUUCGUUCGCGGAAUAUCUGGCGGAGAACGAAAGCGUGUCACAAUCGCCGAAGCUUGCCUCACCUCAGCGCCCUUGCAAUGCUGGGAUAACUCCACCCGUGGUCUCGACAGCGCCAACGCCAUCGAGUUCUGCAAGACCCUCCGCUUACAGGCGGAUAGUUACGACAUCACGGCUUGCGUGGCCAUCUACCAGGCGCCCCAGGCGGCGUAUGACUGCUUUGAUAAGGUCUCGGUCUUGUACGAGGGUCACCAGAUCUACUUUGGUCCAACGUCCGUUGCGAAGAAGUACUUUACCGAUUUAGGCUUCGUGUGCCCGGACCGACAAACAGAUGCCGAUUUUCUUACUUCCAUGACUAGUGACUUGGAGCGUGUCGUGCAGCUGGGCCGUGAAAACUGUGUGCCACGGACGGCCAGUGAGUUUGCCGCGAAAUGGAAGAGCUCGGCGGAGCGAACACGGCUCUUGCAGGACAUUGAAGCAUACAAUGCCGUUUUUCCGCUUGGCGGGGCUCAUCUUGAUAAGUUCAAGCAGUCACGAAGAGCUCAGCAGGCAAAGGUUCAGCGAGUCGCCUCGCCUUACACCCUUUCCUACACGCAACAAGUAAAGCUAUGCUUGUGGCGCAGCUUUAAACGACUCAAAGCCGACCCAAGCAUCACCAUCUCUUCAUUAUUCGGAAAUUCAGUCAUGGCCCUCGUCAUUGCUAGUGUUUUUUAUAACCUUGAGCCCAACACCAGCACCCUCUUUCAGCGCUGUGCCCUCCUCUUCUUCUCGGUUCUUAUCAACGCCCUCGGUUCUGGCCUUGAGAUGCUCACUCUUUACGCCCAACGUGGAAUUGUAGAGAAGCACUCUCGAUAUGCCCUUUAUCAUCCAUCCGCUGAAGCCUUUGCGUCCAUGCUGAUGGAUUUACCUUACAAGGUCCUCAAUACCAUUACUUUCAACGUGGUGCUAUAUUUCAUGACAAACUUGCGACGAGAACCUGGCCCUUUCUUCUUCUUUGUCUUUACUUCUUUUACACUCACUCUGACAACGUCCUCGUUUUUUCGGGCUAUCGCAUCGCUCUCGAGAACUCUCGUGGAGGCAUUAGCCCCUUCGGCGGUUUUAAUUCUCGGGCUAGCCAUGUACACAGGCUUCGCCAUUCCGAUCACCUACAUGCACGGAUGGGCGCGUUGGAUUGGAUAUAUCAAUCCCAUCAGCUAUGGCUUUGAAUCUCUGAUGAUCAACGAAUUUCAUAACCGCGAUUUCCCCUGCGUCAACUACGUGCCUUCAGGUCCCAGCUACGCAGAUGUUGGUGCUGCAAACACAGUUUGCUCUACUGUGGGAUCAGUGCCCGGUAGAUCCUAUGUUAUCGGGGAUGAUUACAUAGAGUCAGUCUACAAUUAUCAUGCCGCCAACAAAUGGAGAAAUAUUGGCAUCAUAUUUGCGUUCACGCUCAUUCUCACGUGCGUAUAUCUCAUUGCCACCGAGUUUAUCACCGAGAAGAAGUCCAAAGGCGAAAUCUUGGUCUUCCACCGCGGAAGCGAGCCCUUGUCGCGAAGCAAGCGAGAGGAUCUCGAAAGCGGUAGUAGCCGUAGUAUCGCUGUGGAAAAGCCGCGAGCGGACGGCACUGCCAUGAUAGCUCACCAGACUGCCGUCUUCCACUGGAAGGAUGUCUGCUAUGACAUCAAUGUUGCAAAAGAGAAUCGCAGGAUCCUUGAUCACAUCGACGGGUGGGUGAAGCCCGGUACUUUGACCGCACUCAUGGGCGUUUCUGGGGCUGGCAAAACCACGCUUUUAGAUGUCUUGGCCAGUCGUACGACUAUCGGCGUCAUCACAGGAGAGAUGCUUGUCGAUGGAAAACUGCGCAACGACUCUUUUCAACGUAAAACUGGCUAUGCACAGCAACAGGAUUUGCAUUUGAACACCGCAACGGUUCGCGAGGCACUCGAAUUUUCUGCUCUUCUUCGCCAGCCCGCCAACAUUCCCCGGCAGGAAAAGCUUGAUUAUGUCACCGAGGUUAUCAAGCUUCUCGACAUAACAGACUUUGCAGAUGCCGCUAUUGGUGUUCCCGGUGAAGGCCUUAAUGUUGAGCAACGUAAGCGUCUGACUAUUGGCGUAGAGCUCGCUGCGAAGCCGGAGCUGCUCCUCUUUCUGGACGAGCCUACCUCGGGGCUCGAUUCGCAGACAUCAUGGGCUAUUCUUGAUCUCCUCGACAAGCUGAAGAGAAAUGGCCAGGCCAUCUUGUGCACGAUUCAUCAGCCUUCUGCUAUGCUGUUCCAGCGCUUUGAUCGCCUGCUUCUUCUUCAGAGCGGGGGUCAAACUGUAUAUUAUGGAGAUGUCGGCCAAGACUCGCAAACACUUAUCGACUACUUUGUCCGCAAUGGAGGGCCGUCGUGCCCUCCAGGCGGCAAUCCCGCCGAGUGGAUGCUGGAAGUGAUUGGUGCUGCCCCCGGAUCCCACUCAGAUAUUGACUGGUUCAAUAUCUGGCGUAGUUCCGCGGAGUACGAUCGCGUCCAAGAACAUCUUGCGCAACUAAAACGAGCACAGCCCCGACAGAUCAGUGCUCGACGGGACAUGCCGAAGCCAAAUCUCGAGGAUAGAUCACUCUACGAAUUUGCUGCCCCAUUUGCCUCGCAGCUUCGAGAAGUCCAGCUCCGAGUGUUUCAGCAGAUCUGGAGGUCUCCCACUUACAUCUACUCCAAAAUAGCCCUCUGCGUGGCUUCGGCUUUAUUCGUCGGAUUCUCCUUGUACCGAACUCCAAAUACAAUGCAAGGUCUUCAGAACCAGAUGUUCUCCAUCUUCAUGCUUCUGACACUCUUUGGGCAGUUUAUUCAGCAGAUCAUGCCACAAUUUGUCGCCCAGCGCAACUUGUACGAGGCCCGCGAGCGUCCAUCAAAAACCUACUCUUGGCGAGUCUUCAUGGUAUCCAAUAUCAUUGUUGAGCUCCCGUGGAACACGCUCGUGUCCUUCCUCCUCUUUGCAUGUUGGUACUACCCCAUUGGUCUCUACCACAACGCCGAGCCCACCGACUCUGUCAUACUCCGUGGGGCACAAAUGUGGCUUUUUGUCUGGACUUUUCUUCUCUUCUCGUCUACCUUUGCACACUUUAUGAUUGCGGCCUUUGAAUCGGCCGAGAACGCUGGCAACACAGGUAAUAUGCUUUUUCUGCUCUGUCUUUUAUUUUGCGGCGUCCUCGCGACCCCUGCCCAGUUCCCGCGCUUCUGGAUCUUCAUGUACCGCAUCUCGCCCUUCACUUAUCUAGUCAGCGGCAUGUUAUCUGCCGGCAUCGCCAACACGGAGGUCAAAUGUGCACCUAACGAGUUUUUGCAUUUUAAUCCGUUCAACGGCACCUGCGAUGAGUAUAUGAAACCUUAUAUGGACAUCUGGCGCAACUUUGGUAUCAUGUGGGUAUUCAUUGUAUUCAAUGUUUUUGCUGCGUGUGGCCUGUACUGGUGGGUGCGUGUCCCCAAGGCCCAGAAGAAGAAAACGGACUAG